GGGGCUCUUUGCCGGAAGUCUCGUCACUGACAUCACUCGUGCCCGUCGGAUUUGCUGUGUGGGAGUGCGCCGCGUGGUCCGGCCGUAGUCCAGAAAGUUUACAUUAUCAGAUCCAUCAGGCUGUUUACCAUGCUGUGCCGAACUGCUCUCCUCCCUUCCCUGCGAUCCCCAGGACGAUUCUGGCGCCAGUCUGAUGUAGCUGGUUCCCAUCCUUGUUUACUGGCCCCUAACCUGGUCUUAAGGAAUACGUCUGCCCGAGGCUGGAGUAACAUCCCAUUUAUUACUGUACCUCUCAGUCGAACUCACGGCAAGUCAUUUGCCCACCGUAGUGAGCUAAAGCAUGCCAAGAGGAUUGUAGUGAAGCUAGGGAGUGCUGUGGUGACACGAGGUGAUGAGUGUGGCUUGGCCUUGGGGCGACUGGCAUCUAUUGUUGAACAGGUAUCAAUGCUGCAAAAUCAAGGCCGGGAGAUGAUGAUUGUCACCAGCGGGGCUGUGGCCUUUGGAAAGCAGCGGCUCCGCCAUGAAAUCUUGCUCUCUCAGAGUGUGAGGCAGGCACUCCACUCUGGCCAGAACCAGCUCAAGGACAUGGCUGUUCCUAUGCUGGAGGCCCGAGCCUGUGCUGCUGCUGGUCAGAGUGGGCUGAUGGCUCUGUAUGAGGCUAUGUUCACACAGUACAGCAUCUGUGCAGCACAGAUUUUAGUCACCAACUUGGAUUUCCAUGACGAGCAGAAACGUAGAAAUUUAAAUGGGACAUUGCAUGAGCUACUACGGAUGAACAUUGUCCCCAUUAUCAACACAAAUGAUGCUGUGGUUCCUCCCCCAGAACCAAACAGUGACCUGCAGGGGGUGAUUAGUGUGAAAGACAAUGACAGUUUAGCAGCGCGGCUAGCUGUGGAAAUGAAAACUGAUCUACUGAUUGUUCUUUCGGAUGUUGAAGGACUUUUUGAUAGUCCCCCAGGAUCAGAUGAUGCAAAACUGAUUGAUAUAUUUUAUCCUGGAGACCAGCAGUCGGUGACAUUUGGAACCAAAUCACGGGUGGGGAUGGGAGGCAUGGAGGCCAAGGUGAAAGCUGCUCUGUGGGCUCUCCAGGGAGGUACCUCGGUAGUGAUUGCCAAUGGAACCCAUCCCAAGAUCUCUGGCCAUGUCAUCACAGACAUUGUAGAAGGGAAAAAAGUUGGCACAUUUUUUUCCGAGGUGAAGCCUGCAGGCCCUACGGUGGAACAGCAGGCUGAAAUGGCCCGAACAGGAGGGAGGAGUCUAGCAGCACUGAAACCUGAACAGAGAGCAGAAAUCAUCUAUCAUCUUGCUGACCUUCUGACAGAUCAGCGAGAAGAGAUUCUUCAGGCAAACAAGAAGGAUUUGGAGGAAGCAGAGAAUAAAGGGAGACUGGCCCUGCCUUUGUUGAAGAGACUCGCUCUGUCUACCUCCAAACUGAAUAGUUUGGCCAUUGGGCUGCGUCAGAUUGCAGCAUCUUCACAGGAUAGUGUUGGCCGUGUUCUCAGAAGAACACUAAUAGCAAAAGAUCUGGAACUGGAACAAGUGACUGUGCCUAUCGGAGUCUUACUGGUGAUCUUUGAAUCCCGGCCUGACUGUCUUCCCCAGGUAUCUGCUUUGGCUAUCGCCAGUGGAAAUGGCUUAUUGCUUAAAGGAGGAAAAGAAGCAUCACACAGCAACCAAAUUCUUCACCUUCUAACUCAGGAAGCCCUUUCCAUCCAUGGUGUUAAGGAUGCAGUGCAGCUGGUCAAUACCAGGGAGGAGGUAGAAGACCUGUGCCGUUUGGACAAGCUGAUAGACUUGAUCAUUCCCCGAGGUUCAUCUCAGUUGGUUCGGGAUAUCCAGAAAGCAGCUAAAGGAAUCCCAGUAAUGGGUCACAGUGAAGGGAUUUGUCAUGUGUAUGUGGACUUGGAGGCCAGCGUUGAGAAGGUCACUAGAAUAGUGAGGGACUCAAAAUGUGAAUAUCCUGCAGCUUGUAAUGCACUGGAGACACUCCUUAUUCAUCGGGACUUGCUGAGAACUCCCAUAUUUGACCAGAUCAUUGACAUGUUGCGAGUGGAACAGGUAAAGAUUCAUGCUGGUCCCAAAUUUGCCUCCUACCUAACAUUCAGCCCAUCAGAGGUGAAAUCCCUCCGCACAGAAUAUGGAGACUUGGAGUGUUGCAUUGAAGUGGUGGACAGUGUUCAGGAUGCUAUUGAACAUAUCCACAAAUACGGGAGUUCCCACACAGAUGUCGUCAUCACAGAAAAUGAAAAAACUGCAGAAAUGUUCCUGCAGCACCUGGACAGCGCUUGUGUAUUCUGGAACGCCAGCACCCGCUUCUCAGAUGGCUAUCGCUUUGGGCUGGGUGCUGAGGUUGGCAUCAGUACGUCACGGAUCCAUGCCCGUGGGCCUGUGGGCAUUGAGGGGCUAUUGACGACAAAGUGGCUGCUCAGAGGAGAGAAUCACAUUGUUUCUGACUUCUCCGAGCAAGGAAGUAUGAAGUACCUUCAUGAAAAUCUUCCUCUUCCUCAGAGGAACACCAACUGAGCAGAGGAGAUGUUUAUGGAGGCUGUUACGGUUUCAGGAUUGGUCUGAGAAAGAAGAUGGACUUUCACAUGCCCUGUGUCUUCACUCUCAGCUUCUAGGAUACUCUCUUGUGCAGUUAAAGUGGAGACACACCAGGCCAUGCUCUGUGCCAGAGUUCUUUCUCUCAUUCCUCCUGUGUUAUGCAGAUACAGAUGCUGCAGGCAUCAUCACCUUGUAGUGAACCUUGGCUCCUGCAGCACAGGAAAGAGAACUCUGGUCUUCCUUCACUGUGCUCCAGAGUGGGGUGCUUUUUGGGUUGGUGGUGUAUCUAUUUAUUAUGCCUGUCUUUCCAUUCCAAACACUCUAAACACUCCCCCCCUGCCCCUGAAGCUUUCUUGCUUUGAAAAAACAUUGGGUAGAAAUUCUGCUUCCUUUGGAGAUUGCCAUGGAGAUUGCCAUGGAAGUGCUGUAUCAGCUUGUCUUAUUUAAAAAUAUUGAAUCUGUUUAAUAAAUAUUCUAGGUACAUAAUGAAUGGUCUUCAGCAAAGCAGAGCUUUUCACAUUCAAUCUCUUUUUAAUUGCUGGCCGAUGGGAAACAAAUUAACAGUUGUAUAUAACAGUUGAGGCCUUCAUUUAUCCUUUUAUGAAGAUUUGUACCAAAUAUUUUUGCUCAUGCAUUUUAUAUGGAAUCUUAUUUCCCCUGAUAGAUUGAAAAUAUUUUUAAAACUUCAUGGUUUUUUCAGAAUAAAACUCCCUUGCAGUAUGA